GUGUGUAAGCGCAUGGAUAUGAUCUGCCAGCGUGUCCUGAACCAGGGCUUCCUGAAGGUGGAGCGUUACCACAGUCUGUGCCAGAGGCAAGUCAAAGCCCAGCUGCCCAGGCGAGAGUCAGAGAGGAGAAACCACUCACUGGCCCGUCAUGCUGACAUCCUGGCCGCCGUGGAGACCCGCCUCUCUCUGCUCAACAUGACCUUCAUGAAAUAUGUCGACUCCAACCUCUGCUGCUUCAUCCCCGGAAAGGUGAUAGAUGAGAUUUACCGCGUUCUGCGAUAUGUGAACUCCACUCGAGCCCCACAGCGGGCUCACGAGGUCCUGCAGGAGCUGAGGGAUAUCUCUUCCAUGGCCAUGGAGUACUUUGAUGAGAAGAUUGUCCCCAUCCUGAAGAAGAAGCUGCCGGGGGCCGACCUGUCCGGCCGUCUCAUUGGCUCUGCACCAGUGGCAGGUCCAUCCACCUCCCUGACCACCAUGUCCCUGCUGGCCAAGAACACACCGUCGCGCUCUGAGAUGACUAAGGUGCAGCAGCAGGUGAAAGUGAAUGGGGCGUCAAUGACGGUGCUGCGGAGGGAGAUGCAGGAAAUUCGCGUCAAGCAGCUGGAGCAGCAGAAGCAGCUGCAGGACCAGGAACAGAAGCUGCUGGAACAGACCCAGGUGAUCGCCGAGCAGAACGCCCGCCUCGCCGAGCUGGAGCACAAGCUCCGCGAACUGAUGGACAGUAGCGCCGCAGCCAUGGGAGGACCCAGGCCCGGCACAGCCGUCCCCUCCACAUCCAGCACCGCUGCCGUGUCUUCCACUGUUGCCAGCACGUCUGCUACCGCGUUGGCAAGUGGCAGUGCGGCCGCAGCCUCCCUACCCAGAGAGCCAGAGGGCGAGGCAGGGUCAUCACUCAAACGCACCAGAAAGAGCUCAGACCUUCCACGACAGUCCAAACGGCUGCGCAGCAAGAAAUAAGAGACUCAGUGUGUCAUUUAGUUGAAGUUUUGUUUUUUGGUUUCUGGUCUGACUGAUCACACCGUAUACCCAAUCCCCCCGCGUCACUCAUCACCCAUACUGUCUGUGAGAUGAGUCAGGAGUAUCCCUGUAUGCUUUGCUUUACCAGUGUUCUCUCUCUGCUCUGUACAUGGGACUUGACAAGAAGAACAAUAUAGAAUAUCACCAGACUUAUCCUUACAGGGCUUCUUAGCCACCUAACUAAAUCCGAAUAUAGGCAGGUGGUCGGCCAUUUGCAGCUAAGAAGACUAUUUAUUGAAGGUUACAUUAAAAUGACUGUACAGCUUUUUAAUGUAGAUGAUUUUCUAAGAGGUUCAUGUUUGCAAAAAAUUUGGUUUGACAUAAACGGGAAAUCAGUCGGUUGGUGAAAUUGAUUAAUAGAGGUCACAUUGUUCGUGUGAUUAAUGCAAUUCUUGUUUUAUCAUUUCAGAAACACAGGAGUCAUGACAGGCCUUAAAUCACAACAUUAACGCAGUCGCAUGUUAUCAGUAAUCAGCAAUCUCAUUUCCAUUUUCAUGUGGGUCUAAAACAGUCUAAAUCCACAAGCAUUCAUUUCGUUCACAGUUGCUUCUUCCUAACUCCGGUUAAGUGCAAUAAAAAACAUCUAAAAAGUAAUUUAUAUUCCUUGCCUGUAGCUUGGUUGGAAAAGAAAGGAUGGAGUCUUAAGGAAGUAAAAAGGGCGGCAUUCCCCACUUGAAAAAAUGGAGGUAGAUGUUUGCGAGGGGAUUUUCCUUUCCACUGUGCCUCAGCAACCACUGACAGAUAUCAUUGUCCUCUGAUCCCUAGACAUUCAGCAGUGUUGUGUGUGAAAAUAAUAAUUUCUUUAAAAGGGUUUCAGCGAGAGCAGACCUUUCGGCCCACCUGAUGUUCUUGUUUGUCUUUUACCUGCUGUCCAGUGGCGAAACAAUGUUUGGCAUCUAUCCUUUUAGGAUCAUACCAGUGUUUUUACAUAUUUUAUUCUCUGUUAUUACAAAAAUGGGAAAAAUACAACUUGCAUCUGCACAAUCAUGCUUCAUUUUAUAGCAGCAAUUUCUAUCGAAAUCACUGUUCUAAAGUCUGACAAAAGAUAUUAACUCAUCAACCACAUCUAAUAAGUGGACCUUUUUUUUCUUUUUUAAUCAAUCUUCUGUUUCCAAUUCCACAAAAUCAAGAUCCACUUCCUAGCUUUUUUUUUUUUCUACAGUGCUUUCAAGCUGCUCCAGGUAGGGCUGUGAAUUGGCAAGAAUCUGGCGAUACGAUGUGUAUCACUUUACAGUGGCUGCGAUUCAAUAUAUUGUACCGUAAGCAAGGUGAUGUAUUGCAUUAGCAUUUAUCAUAGUCCCUGUAACAUCCAAAAUCAUAGUCCUUUACAACACUGCUAGUGGUUGGGGGUUUAAACACCAAUCGAUAGUGUUUUUGAAAAUCAAUACAAUAUAUCGCGAUACUCAAGUGUAUCGAUAUUUUCUUAUGCCCCUAUUUUUAUUUUUCAACCGGUUGCGGUUGAAGUUUUGCAGUUUCUAGUGACUGUCAGAUCAUCAUAUAAAGUGUUGACAUGAUCAUGUUGCAGAUUGCUGUUACACUCAAACACUCAGUGUUUCCCUGGCUAAUAGUUGUAGCAAAUGGAUGAAAAUUGAGAAAAACACUUUUAUGGUCCUUUUUAAAAGUCAAAGUAGAACUUGUAUAAUUCUUUUUUUUUAUUUUUUAAAAAGUACACUAUAUAUGUGAUGACAUUCAAGCGUUAUGUUCACGCAAAUGGAAAAUCUCACUUAAUCUCUAGUGCCAUGCUGAUUGUUUUUGUUUUGUCCACCUUUUAACAAGGCAAGCAAAUGGAAUUUAGCUGCAUGGAUAUACACCACCAGAGCGAAGUGAGAAUAUAUUGUGCCACUUUUUUUUCUAUGUUGCAACUUUAAAAUUAAAUCUAAAAUCAGCCUGUCGGAGGUGGUAUAAGGGAAUUACCAGAACUUCUGACUGGUUUGCAGUGACGGUGGAGGGGUGCUCAGCAGAAUGGCUCAGAGUAAGAUUAGUCUCCCCGGCUGUUGUUUAAGAAGCGUCGCCCAGCUCCCCUGUGCAGCGGUACUCUUCCCCUCUCAUGUGAGGCUAGGUUAGCUGUGAGCCCAUAUUGUGGCAGCACGUUUGUUUUCUUCGUUUGAAGCUUUUCUGUUGUUUGGAUGACCUGAACCACUCAUGGCAUGAACUUUUGGUAAAGAAACUUUGGGAAUGCAGUUCACGUCUUGGUGAACACUAGCGUGUAUUAUAACGACACUGGGCAGAAAAACACAAGAUGAUGUAAUCUAGUGGCUUAAUUUGAGACUGCGUCUCAGUUUAGAAAAUUGUACUGUAAUCUUCAUGUACUUUAAAGUGUAGAUUGUGAAUUAUUUCAUGUAUGUAUACCAAGAAAACUAUCUUUUGAGUUGGCCAACUUGGGGCUAACUGUACGGUUUUGUUGCACACAUUACUGUUACAACUGUACAAAUCAAACCUAUUAAAGCUCAACUUAACUUAUC